GAGCCGCCCCUCCUGCCGCUCGGUGGUUGGGGCGCGGGGUGAGGCCGGGCCGUGCCGUAGCAACCGGGCGGUCUCCAGGCUCACAGCGGUACCGAGGGCGGCCGGGCAGGCGGCGGUGAGGCCGCGGCUGGAGGCAGAAUAAAGGAAAGAGGAGCUGCCAGUCAAGAGAUCUAUCAUGACUGCUAAUCCAUCUAAGAGAAUUGCCUGGAGUAACUCAGAUGCCUUUGAUUCAAAGCACAGACAAGAUCCUGAAGAUUCCCACAAGAAGAAAUCAAAAGAGGAGAAAAGGAGACUGGUGGUCAGUCAAUGGAGAACAGAUGUACAAUCGCUUGUUUCAUCUUCUAAAUGGCUUCAAUGUUAUGGUCUCAAAAGAAACAAAUUGUCCCUCUCCCAGAUUUUGUCCCAGAUUGGAUUCCAGCACAGGAAAGAUUAUGUGACCACCUUGGGGAAACCUGUGGCUUCUCGAUAUGCAGAUGGUCUGUUUCCUCAAUACAAGACAGCACAAGAUGGCAGCGUGUAUAAUCUGACAGCCAAAAAAGAACUAAUUCUUCAUUUUGUGGAUUGCCUAAUUGGAGCCAUUGAGCUAUAUAAGCAGCGAAUGGAAUGGUUAACCAGUGAGAGCCGGCAGAUAUUUGGAGUGAUUCAAGAACAGUGCAUUGUCAUUGUGUUGGAUUUUGGCACUGCAGCUCCAAAUGAAUUUGAUCUAUGUCGGGAUGCACUUUCUAUGGUACUUGUGGAACAGGUGAUACAAAUUUCCAGAUUCAAUCUUAUUCGGGCUGCUCCGGAUCUUAUGAAGUGGCAAGAGAAAUGCACUCCUGUGUCUGAGCAUACUGUAAAGUCUGCAGUUACAUGGCUCUGGAAGCUGGACCAUAUGACAGCUGUCAGCCAUACCAGCUCUGCUGAAGCUCUGCUGGAAGCCAUGGGUGAUGAAGCGGUUGAAGCUAUUUAUUACUUUGUUGUGGGUGAUGUUCCAGCGGACACAAAGCAGUUACUCCUUGAGAAGGUUUCAGAUGGCUCCUGUCCAGUCAACAUGGUGUCUUUCAAUGCUAGGGAAGAUGCAACUAUUAUUUUUCUGAAGGAGUUAAGCCACUUGGCCUCUGGCAGAUUCCAUGCUUUUGCUGAGAAGAAUGACUGUAGAGAUGCUACUGGAUCUGCACUAAAAUAUGAAGAGGAUGGAAAAAGAUUAAUUGCCCUGAACUCUGGAAAAGUGAAAGGGCGAAUGCCACUAGUAGCUGGUGUCUGUGAAGAUGUCUUUUUGAUCUGGAAGGAGCUGGAGGAAGCCAGGAGUACAGUGAGACAAGUUCAGAAAAUGUUAUCACAAUCUGACCAGUCUACUUCUCAAGAAGUAGCAAACAAAGAUGAUCAUCCAUUACCAAGACGUAGAAUUGAUGAAUAUUUGACUGCUGAGAAGUGGUUGCAGAAGUAUGGCUUGAAAGCUCAGAAUCUCACACUGUACGAUGCACUUGCUGAUUGUGUUUUUCGCCACAUAGAUGGGCUUAUUGAUAUAAAAGCUAAACCAGAGGAUGACUAUUCACAAACUGAUGCUGAGACAAAGAGGAAGGUGAUUCAUGCAAGAUACUGUGACAAGUUUGUACAUACCCUCUGGAAAGAUGGGUCUGUAGUUCAUGUAUAUGUUACUACAGAAAAGUAUAAGCAGUAUGAAGAGAAAAUGAGGAAAGCUCUCAGACAAGUGGAAGGAAGGAUUAAGUGGCUUCAACAAGGAAGCAGAGGGCUUUUUGGAAAUGUGUUUGAAGAUGACAUCUAUAUUCUUAUUGAUACAUCCCAGUCUAUGAACAAUAAGCUGCCACUAGUGAAGGAAAAAAUAUUUCAGCUAAUGCAGGAACAGCUGAGACACAAGAAGAGAUUUAACUUUGUGAAAUUUAGUGCCCAAGCAGUGGCAUGGCAAGAGAAACUUGUUGAAGUUAAUGAGGAAAAUUUACAAGAUGCUUGGCUUUGGAUAAAAGGGCUUGAGGUUGGAAGUUCCACAAAUACUCUCAAAGCUCUCCAGAUUGCUCUUGCUGAUACUGACACUCAGGCUAUUUAUCUCUUGACUGAUGGGAGACCUGACCAGCCCCCCCAGAUAAUUUUGGCUGAAGUUGAGCUUCACUGUAAAAUUCCCAUCCAUACUGUAUCCUUCAACUGUGAUGAUAUAGAAGCCAAUAAAUUUUUGUAUGAGCUGUCUACUAAAACAGAGGGACGAUUUCAUUAUUACAACAUUUAUUUGAGUGAUCCUGAUACUACAGAGUUUAUUGUUAAUAAAGACAUACAUCUUUUGAAAAGAGAAAUUGCUCAAGGAGAGGAAGAUCUAGAGAAAGUAAAGACCUUUCAUGAGAAAAGUCUGAUGAUGAAUUCUUGUAAUGAAGAAAAUUAUCCAGAGAACAAGAAUAGGCCAUGCUGUGCUUCAGAAGAACCAUCAGUGCCACCACAUGAGCAAACCAGGCAAAGCACUGCUGCCAAUCCAGCCCGAAGAAAGAAAGCAUUAUAUGCAGCAACUACAGAUCAAACAAAGACAAGUCUGCUGCAAAUCCUGAACCGUGGUGUGAAAUCCAGGGAAGAAAGCCCAGAGGAAGGAGUGUCUCCAGAGGAAAAGAGUUCUUCUGUCAAGAAGGGUGUGAAAUGUACAACCAUUUUCAAAGAUCUGAAAAUGCAGAAUGUGAAAAGAGCAUCUAAAAGCUCUCUAGGUAUCUCUUCAGCUCUUUGGUUAAAGACCCAUGGCUUGGCUGCUAGGCGACUCACCAUCAUGGAUGCCUUAGCUCCUACAACUGUCCCUCAGAGUACAAAAUACAUCCCAGUUCUGGACAAGCAUGUAGUUUCUAAAGUAUUUGAUAAGGCGCCUGAACCUAGUUAUUUGGAGAGCACUAUCUCAGGAGGAAAGAGACAAGGACUUGAAGAAGAAAGUGAGAAGCUGAAGUCUAAGACAAAUAAAAAAUGUCAGAUAUUUGUGACUCACAAAAACCAAAAGGUAAUUGCAAGAUCAGAUGUCACAGGAUUUUAUUAUCCAGGUACUGUGGUAAAGAAUAUCAGUUCUACCAGUGCACUUGUUGUCUUCAGCAAUGGGGAGAGCUGUGAUGUCCCUGUCAAGUUCACUAUACCUGUGGGAGGUGCUAUGCCAUGCCCACAUCUGCAGGUUGGAGACUAUGUGUUUGCCAGAACUGGAACACAGGCAGAAAAUGAAUAUUAUGUACCUGCCAUUGUCAUAGCAACACCAGAUAGGAUGAAACCAGGUGACAAACUCUACACAAUACUGAUGUUCAACAACAGGAAGGAACACUGUAUAAGAAGCCAGCUCAUUAAAAUCAGUCAAACCAAGUAUGCCUAUUCGUGUCAGUACAUAAGAACGGUACAGACAGGGGAUUAUGAGAUCCUGGAUGGUGACACUACAAAGCCCUUCCCUUGCCCACCUGUGGAAGCUGAAGGAGGAGAAAAAGCAAAGAAAAGUAUUUUGAAAGAAAAGAGGGGAAAAAAGAAAAAUAAGAGGACAACAGCAGACAAAAGGCAUCCCAGGGAGACAAUGUCAGACUUCGAUAAUCUUGUCUCCAGAAGUGAAGUUAAACAGAGAGGAAGAAAUUCAUUGUCUAGCAACAAGAAAGAAGUUAGAGGUAAAGAUGUAGCUCUGGAAAAGUAUAAGUAUUAGGAAUUAAGCAUUUGUGAUGGGCCUUUAGCUAUUUCCCACACAAGGAGCAGGUUUCUGCAUUUCUGAGUGUUAGCCAAGUUAGCUUUCCCAUGUCCUGUAUGAUGAAAUUCUUUCACCUCCUUUAGAAACUGUUCUUGACACUUUCCCAGCAUGUGUUUUCACAGUAACAGCAAGAAAUGAAUAAAGCGUAUUCCAGCAUAUGCCACCUUAAUUUCCCUAACAGCUGUAGUAGCAGUGAGGAUGCAGUAACACCAAAUAUAAUACCUGCUUGUAAGCAGAGUAUAUCUUCCAGUCCCUCUACUGUUUUUUCUUUGUUAGAUUAAAGUUAUGUCUGUAUUGCAGGUAUUAAAUUAUUGAACCUGUAGCUCACUGCUUAAGAGGUUAAAUUGCUUUUGGUGUAUGAACUGGUUCAGUUAAAGCUGACAGCAGUACCUAUAUUCCCUGUCACUCUGGAGCAGAGACUGGGCUAGUGUGGGCCUGCCAUUAUAUGUCAGUCAGCUCUUCAUUUUCAAGGUCCUACUGUGAGUGGAAAGAUAACAGGGAUUUUAGCCACACUUGCUAGAUGUACCUCCUUGUACCAUUUAAAAUAUGUUUUCAAUAGCCUCAUUAUUUAUUUGCUUCCAGAAGUGAUGCGUUAUAAAUUCACUCAAUCAUCAUGUUUUCAAUCAAUUUGAUUUGGCUCAUCUGAAUGUUCCUUCAGUCUUCCUUUAAAGAUGAACUGCAAAUUCCAUUUACAUUGCUUAUAGUGGGUAUUAUAGAGCCCAUUAUAUAAUGGGCAUUUUAAGAGUGGCCUGAUCAGAAUGAUAUGAGAGCAGAGGUGUUGGGCUUGUCCAGUAAGAAACCAUGAUUUUUCCACGUCACUGGAAAAGCUCAGUUAUCCCAGAUGCCUUCCUCUUGGACAUUUUGAGAUGCAGAUGCUGAGGAAAUGUGAAAUAAUCCUAAUGUGAUCAGCAGGUCCUGUAAAUUAUUCCCUGCAGCUUGGAGGAGAGAUUACACGAGAGCAGUAGUUAUCUAUGCAUUUUAAUCCUGCCUAGACUUAGCAAAUAAUCUCACAGUAUUCUAAUAAUGUUUCAAUGUUGUAAGCAGGUCAAACAUGCUGAAGAAAGUACCUUGUCUUCUUCUUGUGAUACCAUAAAUGUUGAAUAUGGGAGGGUUUUUUCUCUAAAAUAUAUUUUAAUUUAUAUAUCCUUCUGUGUUUUGGCAGGAAGGGAAAAGUCAGAGCUGAUAAAGAUGUUAAGUAACACUAUUUGGUCAUCCUCACAUGGUUUCAUUAGAUACCUCUUUAUCCAACCUCUCUACGUGACUGUGUAUUUAUCCUCUUUGGGUGUAGAUAGUUGUCCCAUUUUCAUACCAUGCAAAUGUUUCACAGCACUCUGUGUGUAUAAUUUUCUAAGUUAUACCAAAUGUACUACCUGCCCUCUGAUAUACACAUCUCUUUGAACUGUGUUAAUGCUGGAUUUCAUUUUAAAGAUGAAGAGAAUAAAGAAAACAAAUUUGCCUGGCAUUUUGUUUUUUCCUUCUGCUCAACUUCCAGUCAAGUAUGAACUAUUAGUUUACACAUGCUUCUUGGCAGUUCAAUAUGUGUUGAGCACCAGAUCUGUGAGAUUCCCCUAUGCAGGUUAACACUUUUCCUUAGAAGUUGUCAUAUUUGAUUACAUUGAUGUGGGUAGGUGUUAAAUAACAUGGAUGAGGAGUUGGAAAGCUCUGCCAUUCUAAUGAAUGAUUCAGUUAGUCUCUGUGGACAGGUAUUAAAAAUAUCAAGUAUGUAACAAUGGACUUUCCCUUCAUGGAGUUUUUGUAGUGCUGAAAUAAGGCUGGAUAUUCAGGUCAGGAACCUAAACUGCACAAGUGUGGUGCAACAGCCUGUUUUCCUCUUCAGACCCCUGUAUCACUCUGAAGUCUCAAAUAUUGCUUUUCAUAUGCCAGACACACCAAUGUUCAUCAAAAUGUUCCUUUUCCAGGUUUUCCUAGUAGUUGCUUUCAUUAAUUUGUUAUUUCUGGAUUGUUUAUAACAAAGGCAGAUUUUUUAAAACAUUCAGCAUCUCAGAGAAAUGUUUUGAAUAGCUGUAAUAAUAACAACUUUUGUAGUUAAAUAUCUUUUACAGGGACAAGGUUAAGCUUUUUUUUUUAGAUUUCUAAAAGCAGUCUAUUCAACUGGGUUUAUCUGAAAGAUGUAUAUUCCUCCCACAUAUUCUUUUCCUUCUAAUAUCAAAUACCUAAAUAAUUUGAAUAUCAUUUAACUUCUGAAAAAGCUCAAUAGUCCUGAUCUGUUUGACUAAAGUAAAGGAAUUUUCUUCAUAUUUAUAUAAAUGUUUUUGCUAUGUAUGUAUGUAUGUUUCUAAUGCAUUAAAAACAUUUAAUGCCAACAGUGUUUCUUGCAUUUCUUUUACAAAGGUUUUUGUCACUUCUUAUGUCCAGAUACAUAUGUAUGUGCACACACACACAUGUACAUAAAUACAUACAUACAUACAUAUAUAUAUAUAUAUAUGUUUAGUAAUCUGACUGGGCUAUGUUUUCUAACUAUUUCAUGCGUUAAUCAACACUUCUGCUUAUG